ACCAUGUAUUGAAGUCAACAACCAGUCCGGUUAUCACUAACAAAAAGUUUAUUCCUCUCUUUUUUUCUCUUAUAUUUUAUAUUUCAUUUUAAAAAAAAUUGAAGUCUUAUCUGUUUAUAUUUUCACUUUCUUCGUUCUCUGCAGGUAGUCUUGUACAAUGGGCGGAAGUGCGAUAGAUGAUGAUUGGGAGUUUACUUCACCUUCCAAUGGAGUCAGGACUGUGGUUUUAGUUGGACGUACAGGUAAUGGGAAAAGUGCGACUGGCAAUAGCAUUCUUGGAAAAAGGGCCUUCAAAUCAAGGGCUAGCUCAUCUGGGAUUACUAGUACUUGUGAAUUGCAGAGAAGAGUGCUCAAAGAUGGGCAAAUUGUUAAUGUUAUUGAUACUCCUGGGCUGUUUGAUUUUUCAGCUGGAUCUGAAUUCAUUGGAAAAGAAAUUGUCAAAUGUAUUGAUCUUGCCAAGGAUGGUAUCCAUGCAGUUCUUCUGGUUUUCUCAGUUAGGACCCGCUUUACACAAGAAGAGGAAGCUGCACUGCAUAGUUUGCAGACUUUGUUUGGAAGCAAAAUUAUUAACUACAUGAUUGUAGUGUUUACUGGUGGGGAUGAGCUUGAAGAAAACGAGGAAACAUUGGAAGAUUAUUUGGGUCGUGAUUGUCCACGGCCAUUAAAGGACAUUCUAGUUCUUUGUGAAAAUCGAUGUGUACUUUUUGACAACAAGACUAAGGAUGAAACCAAGAGAGUAAAACAAGUUCAGGAUCUUCUUUCGCUUGUGAACAUGGUCAUAGAACAGAAUGGUGGGAAACCAUAUUCUGAUGAGUUGUUUGUGGAACUGAAGAGAGGGGCGAUUAAACUCCAUGAUCAACAUGAAAAGGUUGCUUCUCUAAAAGGCUACUCCAAGCAAAAAAUAUCUGAGUUUAAGGAGCAGAUUGAAAGAUCAUAUGAACAACAGCUUAGGCGAAUUACCGAGAUGGUUGAGUCAAAGCUGAAGAAGGCAACCACCAGGCUGGAACAGCAGUUAGCGGAGGAGCAGGCAGCACGGCUGAAGGCUGAAGAGAUGGCACAGUUUGCUCAAAUGAAAUCAAAUGAUGAAAUUCGAGAGCUUAGAGAGAAUUUAGAAAGAGCACAGAGAGAGACUGAGGAGCUCCGCAAGCAAGCUGCUCGGUGUGCCAUCCUCUGACUUAGCUAUGGAUGCAACUGUGAAAAUUGUCUCUUUUUCUUAACCUGCUAGCAUGAAGUCUGUGACUGCAAAUAUUUUGAAUCUUUUAAAAAUGCUAUAAUAUUUAAAGCCUGCGUAAAUUGAUCACAGUUCUCCUGAUUGAGCUUGUCUUAUUAUCCAACCCAAGUUUAUGUCUUUGUAAAUGUUGAAGCGUUCAGAGAUUUGAGCACUGUGGUUUUAUGUAUGUUUCUUAUUAGAUGAAGGAAAAGAAAAUGAGCAGGAAAAUAAUUGGCAGUUAUUUCACUUUAUUGUGAUUUUUUUAAAAAUGUCUGGUUCAAAAAA